GAUGCUCUUAACCGGAGGUCCGACGGAGUGGUGAGCCGUCGGCGGUAAACGGGAGGAAUGGCGGCGGCGGUGUCCCAUCUGGAUCUGGACGGUGGCACGAAGCGGCGGCGGAAGGAGGAGGAAGUAGAAGCAGGCGCGGAGGCGGCAGAGGACCGCAUCUCGGAGCUGCCGGAGGCGCUGCAGCUGCACAUCCUCUGCCUGCUCCCGCUCAAAUCCGCCAUCCGCACCGGCGCGCUCUCCACCCGGUGGCGCUCCCUCUGGACGCACCGCUGGCCGGCGCCCUCCUCCCUCGACUUCCACCUCGGCACCCACGACUCCCCCCAUCCGUUCCUCGAAACCCUGGAGCGGCGCGGGCGGCGGCGCCUCCAGCGGUUCGCCCUCUCCUUCCACAUCGGCAAGCUCAAGGCCGAGCACUUCCGCCGCUGCCUCGACUACGCGGCCGCCUGCGCCAUCGAGGACCUGCACGUCCACCUCUCAAACCGCGUCUUCAACAUCUUCUUCGACUACCGGCUCCCGCUGGGGGACGCCCACCUCGCGCGCCUCUCGCUCCGCGCCGUGACCGUCGACCUCCCCGUGUCCUUCUCCGCCCACUCCCACCCCUUCUCCGCCCUCGAGGUCAUCCACCUCCACUGCGUCCGCAUCUCCGACCGCACGGUCAACCGCCUGGUCGCUGCGUGCCCCCUCCUCCACACCCUCGAUCUGCGCUACUGCGAAAGCCUCCUCUCCGUCAUCGUCACGGCGGCCGGGGCACACUUGAGGAGCCUAACCCUUGCAGAGUGUGGUUCGGAAGCCGAAGUAUUUUUUGCCGGCGAUGCGUCCAGCCUGCGCUCAUUCCACUACAGCGGCGCCUACAUUCCGGCCUGCAGCAUCCCGGCCACCGCCAAUCUUGCUGACCUUUACAUCUGCUUCGGAGGACCUAACCGCUGGAGGCAAUUGUCAGGACCUUAUUGCGAGCUGCGCACAAACUGGCUUCAACUGCUAACCAAUUUGUCUAACCUCACCGUGCUUACCCUCUGCAGCAGUGCCCUACGGAGAUUGUCUGCCAAAGCUCGUGCCAGGUUAGCUGCCACAGGCGCUGCACCAUGCAAGUUGCUGAAUUUGAGAGAGCUUCAGCUACUGAUGUUCGCAAUGGAGAUCGAUAACAUAAACGACAUUUACACUUUCCUUGUGGCCUGCUGUGGCCCUCGAUUGGAGAGGUUAUUUGUGCAGCUUCCGACAAGUAGUUGUUAGUAUAGGCCAGAGGAUGAACCAUCAGGAUCAGAAUCUGAGGAAAAUGGGUCAGUGGAAGAGCUAUCAGAGCAAGAAACAACGGAGGAAGAUGAGCUAGAGGAAGAGCUGUCAGAGGGAGAUGACCCAGAGGAAGAGCUGUUAGAGGGAGAUGACCUAGAGGAAGCGCUGUCAGAGGGAAUUGAACACGAGGAAGAGUUGUCAGAGGGAGAGUCACCUGAAGAAAAUCAAUCACAGAAACAUGGGUCGAGGGAAGAGAUAUCUGAUGGAGGGCAAUCAGAGGAAGAGGCAAUAGAGGAUGGUGAUGGCUUUGAGAACCUUCUGUUGGUCAACAUGAUGAAUUUCAAGGGGCGCCACCAUGAGAUGCAGCUAGUAAGCCUUUUCUUGAAGAUGUCUACUAGUCUCAACCAACUGAUACUGUUUACUCCCAAGACUGAUCACCCAGAAUGGCUUCAGAAGGAUCAUAUGAAUAAUUCACAUAUUCUUGAAAGAAAACUAUCGCCUCUAAGAAAGGCCUCACCGAAUGUUCAGAUAGUACUCAGUGAACCUGAUGAUAGUGCAAUCCAGCCGUUGCACGAGGCUUUUGUCAAGGUUUAAUGAUUUGUUUGUUGUGGAGUUAUGACCAGAUAAUGCGAAAUAUCAGAAACUAGCAACUACUAGUAUUAGGCAAGACAAAGAACAAGCUAAUCUGCAAGGUAGGCAGGAUGCUGUGUUCUGGAGUACGUCGUCUGGGCCUUAUACUCCCUCCAUCCGGAAAAGCUUGUCCCUCAAAUGGAUGUAUCUAACACCAAGUUAGUGCUAGAUACAUCCAUUUGAGGGACAAGUUUGGGACUAGUUUUUCCGGACGGAGGGAGUAUUUUGCAGCUUAACUCCUUAAGACUCUUAUAGAAAAUAUCAUGACUGGGACUUGUUAUGCCCUAGCUUUGACUUGUACCUCAAUCAGUUGGUAUGGCAACGAGUGUUGCAAUUUUAUUUUUCAGUUUUCCUUAUUUAUUAUUGUCACUAUUGCCAUCUUCAUUGGUGAUUAAAAGUUCCUUUCCUGGCGCCAAGAGAAUACCCAGGCAUGAAUCCUGGGAAUUGUACCCAGUUUGACAGAUCUUGGCUGAAUUAUGUACUGCUGAUAUGUUUAAUCAGAUGUUGACUUCUAUGUCACUUGUCUGCAGCUGGAUGAAGUCACUUUCUACAUGUGCUCUACUGUUAAAUCAGCUUACCUUCCGCUGGUGUAAUCCUCAAACAUAUGACUACAAUACAAGUUCUUUGUAGCA